GCAUUAUAAUAAUGCAUGCAAUGGAAGAUUAGCACGAAAGAAAGAAGAAUUAUUGGCUCAUCAGGCUCCGGCAGGCGAAUUACAAUGGCAUCUCCAUCCACUCCUUCCAAGCGCCUCCUCCUAUUCGACCGUCGAUAUGGUUGGGUCCUGGAUGAAUGGAAAGAACCAUCCCAAGAAGCCUUAUCCGGCGGCCGCGGAAUGUUCUGCGUUAUCCCUCUAGCAAAUGCAACUCUUAAGAAGGCCUCUGAAUUGUUUGUUUUAGUGGCUAGAGUGAAGCUGUGAUUGGCGUAGGGAUGGGGGAAUUGCUCUAUUAAUUUAGUCCAUCACUCAGGCAGUCAGACUCUGCUCCAGAUUUCCUCUUCCUUCUUAUUUUUUAUUAUUUUUUUUCUUCAUAUUUUAUUGAUUGUACCAUAUAAACUUGCUUAUGAUGUGUCUAAGCAGAGGGAGGGGAUGUAUGCUUCAUAAGUAAUCAAGAGUGUGUGUUUUGGCCCCGCUCUCAUGGCAAGAUUCUUGUAGCUGGAAGUUGAUUAAUGUCUGACAUCUCUCUCUCUCUCUGCUCCUUGUAAGAUGCAUUACGUUGCGAGUUCCACAAUGAAUGCUGUUGAGGCUGCUCCUCCCAAUUUCACACGGAUUCGUGAAGCUUGAUGCUUCUCUGAGUGAUGAGAUGAAGAGGAGAGGAUGGGAGGAAUGGAUCAAGAUAUAUGCAGUGGAAGUCAUGUGGAUGCUUGCCAUUUUCACCUCCCCAUCAACUCGAUUCGUUGUUACAGAAUUUCAUAACUUCCGUAAAGGCGAUAAGCCAACUUCAACUAGAUGGGAGUCUCGCUAUUUUGGUUGAAAUUCUUUCCUGACAGAAUGAUCUUCUUCAGCCUUUACAUCUGUAGCCAUUGGAUCUAUUGAUCAAAGAACUUUCUUUUGUUCCAGGUGAUGCUCAUGUAUCGAUUCCAGUUGGUUACUGGGUAGAUUCUUGCUUAGAGUAUAUACUAGUAUAUUGGAUUGAUUUUGUUGUGUU